AUGCAUGCUGGACAUGUCGAGGUAGACCCGGAACACAACGGACACUUAUUCUUCUGGCAUUACCAGAACCGGCAUAUCGCAAAUCGUCAGCGAACGGUGAUCUGGCUGAAUGGAGGCCCCGGCUGCAGUUCGAUGGAUGGCGCGCUGAUGGAGAUUGGCCCCUAUCGUUUGAAGGACAACCAAACCCUGGAAUAUAACGAAGGAUCAUGGGACGAAUUUGCAAAUCUCCUUUUCGUUGACCAGCCUAUUGGGACCGGGUUCAGCUACGCCAAUACCAACAGCUAUCUGCAUGAACUAGAUGAAAUGGCUGCUCAAUUUAUCACUUUCCUGGAGAAAUGGUUCAACGUGUUUCCGGAAUACGAGCGAGAUGAUAUCUACAUCGCUGGUGAAUCCUACGCUGGCCAAUAUAUCCCGUACAUCGCAAAAGCUAUUCAAGAUCGGAACAAUGGUGUUGAGGGAAAUCAAGCUGCGCGUUGGAACCUACGUGGCCUUCUUAUUGGCAACGGUUGGAUAUCGCCGGCGGAACAGUAUCCGGCCUACUUAAGCUUCGCCUAUGAAAAAGGUCUGGUUGAAGAAGGUAGCAAGCUCGGUAAGGAACUUGAAGUUCUACUCUCUGUUUGCAAGUCAAAGAUGGAAACUGGACCUAAAGUUUCCAUAAUGUCCUGCGAGACUGUUUUGAACCAGUUACUUGACAAGACUUUGGAUUCGGACAAUCAGUGCGUCAACAUGUAUGAUAUUCGGCUGCGGGACCGUUCUUGCGGUACGACUUGGCCGCCAGACUUGGCGGACGUGAAGCCAUACUUACAAACCUAUGAUGUGAUUCAAGCUUUGAACAUCAACCCGGACAAACAGACAGGGUGGGAUGAAUGUGACGGCAAUGUGGGCUUUGCCUUUCGUCCGCAGAAGUCCAAACCGUCUGUCAAAUUGCUACCCGGCUUGCUCGAGUCCGGUAUCGAAAUCCUUCUCUUUAGUGGCGAUCAAGACCUGAUUUGCAAUCAUAUGGGAACAGAGCAUCUCAUCAACAACAUGAAGUGGGCGGGGGGUACUGGCUUUGAAACUUCGCCAGGCGUAUGGGCUCCUCGACACGAUUGGACCUUUGAGAAUGAGCCGGCUGGUUAUUACCAGCAUGCAAGAAACCUGACAUACGUUCUUUUCUACAAUGCCAGCCACAUGGUUCCCUUCGACCUCCCCCGCCGCACAAGGGAUAUGGUGGACCGCUUCAUGAACGUAGACAUUGCCAGCAUUGGCGGUGCACCGGCAGAUUCACGCAUUGAUGGUGAACCUCUACCUCAAACUUCUGUAGGCGGUCAGCCGAACAGCACAGUCCACCAAGAGGAAGAGCAGCAGAAAAUCAAGGAAACCGAGUGGAAUGCCUACGCGAAGUCCGGGGAAGCGGUUCUUGUCGUGGUCAUUAUUGGUGUCCUGGUCUGGGGUUUCUUUAUCUGGCGUAAUCGUCGGCGACACAGCGGUUACAGUGGCAUUUCUAUCAAGUCCCCAAGUUCAACCUCUGUAUUGGGACGAUUUCAGAACAAGCGCAGCAACGGCGCAGAUGUGGAAGCCGGCGAUUUCGAUGAGGCUGAACUAGAUGACCUACACUCGCCGGGCUUGGAUCGAGAAAAUUAUGCCGUUGGAGAAGAAAGUGAUGACGAACGGCAUCGACAGGAUCUUCGUCAAGGAUCUUCGUCACGAUCGGAAAGUAAACCCGUGGUGUAA